ACACUGGGGGGUGAAGCCUAUUCACUGUCACCAGUUGUUUCUUUCUGCCCAUCAGUGGUCACAUAUUACACCAAGCUGCAACAUCCACCACAACAGACUCUCCACGACUAUGGCUAUCACCGACUUUCUAGCAGCUUCAGACAUCACUUCAGCUAUUAAUGCUUGUAAAGCAAAGGAUUCCUUUAGUCCAAAGAUGUUUUUCAAAACAGUGGGUUUAUCCAAGAAAAGUCCAACAGAGAUCGAGAGGGUCUUUAAGAUUUUGGAUCAGGACAAAAGUGGCUUCAUAGAACAGGAUGAGUUACAACUGUUCCUGCAAAACUUCGCCAAAGGAGCACGGACCCUGACUGCAGCUGAGACCAGAGCUUUCCUCCUGGAGGGAGACUCGGAUGGAGAUGGGAAGAUCGGCUGGGAAGAGUUUUCAGCGCUGGUCAAGUCGUCAUAAAGGCCUGCCUGAUCUCUUGAUGAUUUGUUGUAUGGUGAUGAUCUCAGGGUGGACCUCUUUUUAUAAUGUUUACUAGCUACAGUAAAUUACAUGGACUCAGCCGGGGAUCCUACGUAUUUAGAGUUAUUAAAUAAAACAUGUCAUAGUUUAAAUGGAAAAUAAUGUAAUAAAGUAAUUAAACUACAAAUUAAAUCUCGCCUCUCUGCUAUGUGUCUUUCCCUGCCAGAAGAGUUUAUGAAUAAAUUGACUUUUUGCCAUCAAAUA